UGGCUUUGCUAAUUAGUGGGGCUGCUGUUCCCAAACGAGCAAAUCCGCACUCAACAUUUUCCCGCUGAAUAGCCACCCUUUCCCGGCUUGUUUUCCUACAAUUAUACGGUCGCUCUUAAGGAUGGAGGAAACGUGACAGGAGGAAAAGUCAGGCAAAUAAGAACAGCUGUUGUUUGGAACGGCUCUGAAAGAAGCGCCGCGAAAGGAGCGUUAUGGAGUGGAUCACGCAACGGACGGCGCGCCGCAUCGCGGUGCCGAUCUCCGUGGACUCGCUACAGGUGAGCCAGAGCCUUUCUCCACGGCCCAGCGCGAGUUCCAUAGACAUCCGGAUGGACACCGGUACCGUACAGAGGAAGGAGGCCGUCAGGGCCGAACCAGCCAGCGAGAAAAUGAAGCGGAAGCAGGUAAUCCUGAUCUCGCUGGUGUGCUUGCUUGGUUCGGUGGGGAUUCUGGUACUGGUAGUGCUGUAUCUGAAGAGUACAGUAGAGAUGGUCUACCUCACCUCCCAGAUACAAGAACAGACGGAAUGGCGCACAAAGGUAAUGCACGCCGUAUAUAGCCUGAUAGAGGAGAGAGGUCUCACGGCGCUACUGAUCGUCUCCAAGCGACAGCACGGUGACCAGGACAUUGGACUCGUGCUGAGCAGAGUUUUAGAAGCGUUUGAAGUCACCGACACUGAUAUUACAGAAAUCAGUGGAUGGCCGGACAAGACCAUCGAACAUAGCCCGCCGUCCAGCGCCUUCCACUCUCGCGAGAACUUCCUCCGCCAGCUCAACCUACACCGCACCAAGAUCGAGACGGGCGGCACGUGUGACGAGAUGAUGACCUUCUACACCCAGGCCAUCUCUCGUCUCAUCCUCUGGGUAGAGAAAAGCGUCAGGUCGGAGGAUCGUAACAACGUCUGGCAGAUCCUGAUGGCGUACGUUGACUUGUUGGUUGCGGCUGACCACGCGGACAGAGUACGGAUCUGGGGCAGUCAGUACUACUCACAGGGCGGGCUGCCGGACACUCUCUUCAUGCUCAUGUCUCACUCGGACUAUCACAGCAACGAGUUCCUGGCGUCUAGCCAACGCUUCUCGCAGGGAACGGGCAUGCUCUGUAGCGAGGAGUUUGGGCUGGGUCUGGAGCUGCUGCGGGGAGCCGGCACGUCCCAGUGGUGGGAGGCGCUCGGGCAGAAUCGGAUCAUCCCGCCGAGCUUUAACCAGUCCCUCACGUGGUACGAGAACAUCACGGAGUUCGUCCAAGACUUGCACAAAUGCCAGAUCUACCUAUCAGACUUCACCACGGCCGAAGUGUCCCACCAGAUGAGUCACCUCCACCGUACCCUGGCGCUCCAGAUCUCCCUGUCCGCUGUCGUGGUUCUCUGUUUCUUCAGCGUCGUGUCACUCGUUCACAAGAUGAUCGUCUGGGUCAAAAACUUCGCUGCCAUGUUGGAGCAAAGGACAGAGGAGCUGCGUAAGGAGAAGAAACUGACGGACCGUUUGCUGCACGAGAUGUUACCGCCCAUGAUUGCCGAUCAACUGAAGAAGCGUCAGCCGGUGGAAGCAGAGAGUUACGAUCAGGUGACGGUGUUCUUCUCGGAUAUAGUUGGGUUCACGAACAUCGCGGCAUCCUGCACCCCCAUGCAGGUUGUGGAGAUCCUCAACUCUCUGUACGUCUGCUUCGACAUCCGCAUCCAGCUGUAUGACGUCUACAAGGUCGAGACCAUCGGGGACGGGUACAUGGUGGCGAGCGGUGUCCCCGAGCGGAACGGCGACCGUCACGCCGAGCAGAUCGCCAUCAUGGCGCUGGAUCUGCUGGUCGCCAUUGAUGAGGUCACCAUCCCGCACUCACCCGACAAGAGACUGCGCCUGCGUAUUGGGAUACAUACCGGACCUGCGGUGGCUGCUGUGGUGGGGGUUAAAAUGCCGCGCUACUGUCUUUUCGGCGACACCGUCAACACAGCCUCAAGAAUGGAGUCAUCCAGUCUACCGCAGAAAAUUCAAGUGAGCCACGAAACAUACACGGCGCUGAGAAAGAAAGACUGCUUCAUCAUGCAGCCAAGAGGAGAGGUCGACAUCAAGGGGAAAGGAAAGAUGAAGACCUACUGGCUUGUUGGACACAAGAACCACCGAGAGAUGGACGUGGAGACCAGUCUGGUCUGCUCACACCAGCGGUCUACAAGGUUCUUGGCGAAGGAGCACAGUUUUGACAAGCAGCGUCACUCCGUGCCGAAUCUACACGAGCAUUUCGAGCCGCUGUUCUACACCGACAACGAACCGCUCUCCUCCCCCGAGAUGCCGACCAGCCGCGGAAACACUCUCCGAGCGCCGUACAACGGAUUCAUCCCGCGCAACGGGAAAGUAUGGCCGUCAUAAUGUAGUCCCUACCAGACUGACUACGCUGGCUAUUGUAGGGAGAUAAUUUGCCGGGGAAGUUUUACUACCAAAGGAGUUGGUCGGCCACGUGGAAACGUAAACCUAAGCGUGGACUUACUCCUCUGGCCAAUUUCACGAUUAUUAUUAUAAUUCUACGAUCCUUGUAUCCCCGUAGGACGGCCUGGUGGAGGAUAGUCAUAAUGCACCUGUCACACAUACACCAAUGCAGAGCUUCACACUAUACAAUUUAUAUACUUUUCAGAGGCCCUGCAAAAUUGAACUCCACUUUUGUGGGCUGGACCUAUAAUUACCAAUGUUAGCCAAUCAGAGAAUCUCCUCGGUUGAACUUGUUCUCUGAUUAACUGAGCUUUCCCGAGGCAUUUUCUGAACUGAACUGAAUUUUCUUUAGAGGGAGCGCAAUGCCCUACGUAGGAGAAUGCUGUCACACAGUUUGCAGCGAAAUUCUAAAUUGAUCGGCCGACGAGAGUCCGAGUUCAACUUGACAUUUUCGGCAGUAGU